AUGAGCAUUGCAGAGCAACUAAAAAAAGUACGUGAGCAGACUACAACUGAAAAAGGGCAGAUUUGCCUUUUCAGAGAGUGGAAGGGCGAGCCAGACAUUCUCUUCUACGCGCGCGUGGAGGAGGCAAAGGAGCUUUUUUCAAUCUAUCACGGAAGCUUCUACGAAAGGGUGCAGAGGUACUUCGAGUACUUUACGGAUGAGAGGAGCAAAGACUCAAGAAGAGACAGAAUGACGGAAAGAGAAAACCACAGCCUUUCAAAGAGAAUGAAAACAUUUUUGGAAGAGCUGCAGCCGUACAUGCACCACGAGUAUGCGCAGAUUGUCCUUGAAUGGCUUAUUAGAAGGUACCGAAUCGACAAGCAGGAAUUUGAUCACCUGGCGAUCAGCACCAUAAGGGUGCCCUGCGUGCAGGACAUUUUGUACGAGUCGCUCCGCACCAGCCUUACUGUGGAAAACCCGAUGCACGAAAUUCUUGCGUGCCACAGCCUGCCGCAGUAUAUAGGAAAAGCACUGGCCAAGGCGAUCGCCCCAAAUGUGCACCUGCUGAAAACAUUGAAACACAUAGAGGAGGACGCAGACACAGUUGGGUUUGUGGUGUUUCUGGAGGCUGUCUCUGGAAGCCUGUUUUCUGCUGAGGGCGUGAAGGAAGAGGUUAUAGAAGAGUGGGUGGACUCUGUUCUCGGGUGCAGGAGCAGGCUGCUGCAGAAAAAGGCGACAAGCGCAAUACUUGGCCCGCUGGAGUCGAUUCUCCUUUGGAUCGUGCAGAACCAUGACCUCGUGGACGACGUGGCUGCGCAAAUCAACGCUUUCAGAAAGAAGGUGGAGGCGCCUGCAGCCGUGCAUAUAGAGGAGCAGGCGCACAAGUUCAUCACGCUGUACGCACAUUUUAAGCGCACCGGAGAGAAGAGCAUGCUUCUUGCAGAGCAUCCGGCAGAGUUUGUGCAGCAGCUGGCGGCGGAGAAGGAGGAAGUGCCGUGCUGGCUGGAAGUGGUGAAAGAGGCAGUCUUUGGGAACCUGCUGCUGCAGGGAAGCGUGCUGCUCUCUCUGUUUUUGGAGAAAACAUGGCUGGCACAUGCGCUGAGUGCUGACCCAAGGUGGGGGGCGCUUGCGAAAAAGCAUCCGACGAUAUCCACUUUGGUCACACUAGACGAGAAGAAGAACGCAGAAAUCUUUACAAAAAAGUUUAUGAAAUGCUUCUGCGAAAUGCUUCCAAAUCCGCCCCUGGAAAAGUGGCUGUUCAGAAAAGCCGCACAGACAGAGGAGCUGAAGCUGGCGCUGUCCGUGAUUUUGCCCGUUGUUUCCGACAGCACAAUCGAGGCAGAGGUCUCCCAAAUAGAGACCUGGGAGAAGGCCGUGCUUUUUAUCAAGGAGCCCAAAAUGCACGUGUUUUUGCAAAACAUCAGCAAGGAUCUUCUUGUUGGAAACUUCUUGCAGUACGCAAGCGCGAUUUCCAAGUUCGAAAACUACACGCCGCUUGUGCAGGAGCUCUCACAGGAGGAAAAAGACGGCUUGCUUGCAGCGUUUAGGAAGAGGCAGGAGAAGAAGAAGCUUUCGGGACAGGAGCUGCUCUUUACCAUGCGCGUGUACAAUGACUUGGGCGCUCCGAUCGAGGCGCUUUUGUCUGUAGGAGAGAAAGUUGCAAAACUCCCAGAGCAGGAAAGAAAGCGCCCUGUCAAGGCGAUGCUGGAGCUGUUUGCAGAGAAAGAGGGCGCUGUGAACGGCUCGCGCCUGCUGGACAUUGUGCGGAGUGUGGAAAGCGUGGACAUAGACACCACGCUCUCGGUGCUCGUGUACAGAGCAAUGCUUGCGCUGGAGGCGGCAGAGGCAGGGUCUCUCAUUACGAGCGGCCUUCUCUUGCCGGAGACUCUGGAGGCCCGUGUUUUAAGGCUUUUAUGCAAAGACAACGCAGAGCUUGUUUCUCGCGUGUUUGCAAAGUGCAUGGGCUCUCUUGAGCACAAAGAAGUCAUUCAGGUGGCCUCCGCAGGAGUUCACACAGAGCUACUCGUGGCUGGAAUCUCCCAGAUAUUUGAAGAGUUGCCGCAGGACAUAAAAAUCAAACUGAUUCAGGUAUCCAUCGAGCAGAGACAGAGCGGGGCGCCGCUUCUGUUUGACGAGCUUAAGAAGCGGGUGCUGCCAGAGGAGAUUCUUCGCUCGGUUGCAGGCGGAAGCAAGUACUCGGUUGCGCUGGCGCUAGACACGGCAGUGGAAAUGGUGGGCGUCGACGCAGAGGCAUCAGAGGACAGCGAGGCUGGCUUGGAGGUGAGCCUGCUUCUUCUGAAUACCCUGCUAUUGGCGAGGAAAAUGUCGCUGGGAGAGCACAUGCUUCUGAACUGGGAAAGAGGCAUAUUGCCCAUGAAAAACAUGCCAACUUUGCUGGCGCGCAAGAUGAAAGAGUCCUCUGCGUCCAUUGUGAAGGGGCUGGUCUCGCGGUAUCUUAAGAAAAACCUGUCUUCAACCGUGCUUCUGCUUGCGCUGGUGCAGGAAAAGGUGGCGGAUUCAGCUAUGCUUUUGAGCGUUCUGAAGCACAGCCCAUCUUCCAAGUCUAGAGUUCUUCUUCUACGAGACACGCUUAGAAGGCCUGGGGCAGACAGCCUUGCCAUUGUGCAGAGCGUGCUUCAGGACAGAAAGUCCCCGCUUAUUCGAUACUAUGUGCAGUCAAGGCUGCCUCACAUUGUGAAGGCUGUUUUGAGGCACAAAGACACGCAUCCUGGCCUCGUGUCGGAGAUUAUUGGAAACCUGGUCAGGAGAGAAAAGAACGUUAUGUAUCCGUACGUGGCAGACAUGCUAAAUCUUAUCAAGCAAACCCGAAAGAAGAGCCUUGUCCGCCCCUUGGCUAAGAUAGAGCUGCGGCAUUUGAUUGGAAGCAUAGAAAGCAGGAAGGACCUCAUGAUUCUUAAAGAGUAUGUGAGGUACAGGAUGGAGAGCCUUGAGGAGGAAGAGGUGGGCCAGCUCGCGUCUUUCUACAUAGAAAGAAUACACACACGCUCGGGCGCGCAGGCGCUUGUCGAGCUUUUCCCAGCGAUUUCGGACAAGCACGCAGUGUGGGUCUCUAUACUCAAGCAGCUGGGCGGGUUCACAGAGAAGUUUGUGCACAUUCUCCUCAGAGUGUCAAAGUUCGACCGGAAGGGAGAGUGCAUGGCAUCGCUUUCCUGCGUAUACUCCAGACUCGAGAAUAUUCUUAUAGACGCGCUGGAAAGCAGCGCAAAUGCAGAAAUUCUUACAGUUAUGAGGAGGUUCUUUAUGCACGAAAAGUCCACGCUGGUGUCUGUUUCGCGCAUUCUGGACGCGUCUAUGCAGUCUAUUGCAGCCUCCAAGAAAGUUCCGGCCCUUGUUUCUGCCCUUUUCUACUCGCAGUCUGUAAACAGUCCGUCUGAGGCAGAAGAGAUCAACCAUAGAAUACUCGUUGACCUGGUCAAGGCCGAAGGCGACAGAAAGGCCGCACUUUUCAGGACACUGGAAAAGGCAUACAGCACAAACCCGAUCUUUAUAACAAGGAUUCUUGGGCAGAGCGCGCCAUACUUUGCAAUUCUCCUGGAGUCCAAGGACAGAGCCACGCGAGAGAAGGCCGAGCACCUUAUGAAGCACAUUAAGGAAGUCUCAGAAGAAGACCCGUACAGGUUCCUCUGA